AUUAGUGCUGCACUGAUCCUCUGUUCAUACAGUUAAAACUGUUAUACUGGCACAUGAGAUACACACUUUGCCGCUAUAGCAACAACCUGCAAACCUAAAAACAAUCAGGAUCUUCCUCAGUGGUUAGUGAUGAUUGGGAUAUGAUGGGACUGUUGGUGCUCUGUGUGUUUGCAGCCGUGUUCAACUACAUCUCUGCCUCUACUGAAGUCUGCACCAAUGCCCUCCUUCCUGGAGCUAAAGGAGACCAAGGUGAGAUUGGAGAGGAGGGAGAUCAGGGAAGACUGGGAAAGAAUGGACCACCAGGACUUCCAGGAGUGUCAGGAGAGAUGGGGCUUCAAGGAGAGGUGGGCCACACAGGAAAGAUGGGGCCCAUUGGAGACAGAGGUAACAAAGGUGAUACCGGUUUGGAGGGGCCCUCCGGUCUAAAAGGGAAACCAGGCACAACAUGUGACUGUGGCAGGUACAGGAAGGUGGUCGGACAGCUGGAUGUCAAUGUAGGCAAGCUGAGGAACGCUGUCAAGUUUGUGAAGAACGUCAUCUUGGGGCUGAAGGAAACAGAAGAGAGGUACUACCUGCUGGUGAAGGAGCCAAAGAGGUUCAGAGAGGCUUCAAUGAACUGCAAGCUGAGAGGAGGCACCAUGGCCAUGCCGAAAACCACCAACACCAACCGUCUGAUGGCAGACUACGUCAGUCAGGCAGGACUGACCAGAGUGUUUAUAGGGGUGCAGGCUCAAAGCAGGGACACAGAUGGAACAAGCAGCCAUGUUUAUGCAGACUCCAGCCCUCUGCAGGGUUUUGCAGCUUGGAGCCAAGAGGAGGAGCUCAAGUCCAGAGUAUCUCCCACCACCACCACAAACUCAAGCUGUGUGGAGCUGCUCAGCACUGGAACAUGGAGUCAUGUGGAGUGUGAAGCCACCAUGUUUUUCAUCUGCGAGUUCCCAAAGAGCAGGAGAAGAGGAGGUGGAGGGGGAAGAGGGACGCCUGCCUCGACAGCAUCAUCAUGAGUUAACAUAUAUAGUUAACUCUUGUUAACAUAUGUAUGUAUACAUAUAUAUUUUGUUGUUUAAAAUUGGCAAUUUAUGUAAUGAAAAUGUAACUGAAAUGAAAAAUACAUUGUGCCUGCAUAAUCAGAUAAUAACAAUGGUAUUACAUCAUCACAGACAGAUAGACGGAUUCCUGAGUAAAUGUUAAAUGGUUCUACACACUGUACCGUUAAAUGGCUAAUUUGUUUGUGAAUGUAAGCAUUAAAUUCAUACAGCUUUAUAAGUAUCUUUUUUUUUGUUGUAAAGUUUUAAUUUCGGCAGCAACUUACCAUUAUACUCAUUGCCGAUUCAUAUGCACAUUGUUUUCUUGAUUAAUUGAUUUAUCGUUUGACUGAUAAAAAAUGCCUAUCACAAUUUCCCCAA